AUGGAAAAAAGUAUAUCAAAGACAGAAAAAAUACUCAGAAAAUUACAAACUAUAGGAAUAUUAAAUAGUGCAAAUCGAUUACAACUUCUAACUAUGGAUAUUCCAAUGGAAUUAAUUCAGGAAAGUAAAUCUAAAAUCAACGAUCUUGAUGAUUCUGAUGAAGAAGGCAACACCAAAACUCCAAAAAGAAAAAUGUUCUGA